AUGGGCCCCCAUCAAAUCGCCGCCUUGAACAAUAUCAACCUCAAGCCCGUCAGCUCCAAAGACCCGUUCUGGAUGUACCAAGGCGGGUUUUACGAGAAGAUGAACGAGGCGGAGGCGCUGUUGAUCCUGGAGAUCCAGCCGGACGAGAUCCUCCAUCUCACUCACGACCUGUUGAAGAAAAGACACCGCAGAAUGAUGUUGCUGAACCACCCGGACAAAGGCGGCUCUGAGUACAUUGCGCUCAAGAUCAACAGAGCAAAGGAGAUCCUCGAAGACAGCUACAUGUUCACUGGUCCCAAGGACUAG